AUGGAAUAUGGAUUGUGGAAUUUUCACGGAAGGUUUUGGGCUGGCGGAAACAAUAGUUUUACUCCUUCGGAAAGUAUUUCAAAAAAUUUUUACACGACUGUAAAUAGUGAUUUAGAAUCGCCGACGUUUCAUAUAACAACUCCUGUUAAUGAUGAAUCUACAAAUCUGUACUCGAAUACUUCGGUAACUCAAGGUCCUACUAGUUUAAGAACAAAUUUGGAAUUUUUAACCGUCAAAAAUGGUGUGCCUCAGAAUAAUAGGAUUUCCUCAUUGGUAAUACCUGAAAAUCAAGAUGAUCUUCUUCAUUCUGUAUCUUUGGAAACUGUGCAAAUAACUUCGGAUUUAGUAUCGGAGCAAAGCAGUAUGGAUAGUUUGACUCCUACUGACUCUUCGUUGCCUCCUCUCCUUAAUCACCACACAAAUUCUAGUUUGGCCAAUAAUGAUUCCCAUAACAUUAGCAACAUUAGUAGUAACAAUAAUAAUAAUAAUAAUAGUAAUAACAGCAACUGUAGCAGUAACAAUAGUGAAAAUAAUAAAAGUACUCGCAAUUCAAACAUAAACGAUAACAAUGAUGAACCUUGUAUGGAAAAUAAUGAAAAUCCAUCGGAUUUAAACAAAAAAAUGGUAGGAAAAAUUGAAAAUUUAGAUAAUCAAGAGGUAUGGGAGGGGACAGAUGGGACCAAUAUUAAAUUAGAAAAUAAUUCUGCUGUUGAUUAUCUUUUUCAACAAAGAGAACCUGGUACAUCCGAUGAGGAAGAAGAAGAAGAAGAAGAUGAUGAUGAUGAUGAUGGUAUCGAAUGUGAUGAAACAGUUUCACAAUUUAGAAUAAUUGAUAGUUUGCAGACAAAUGUAAAUAUUCAAAAUAGAUUUAAAUCAGGUGAAAAAAAUGAUGUUGAUACGGACAUAACUAGAAACGUCACACCUGAAAGUUACAAAUUAAAUGGUAAAAGAAAAACGGGACCUUUAACUCCUCAAAGAAUAAGAUACGAGAGAGAAGAAUAUCGGUGUCAAAUAUGUGCCUAUAGUUGUACCGUCGAAAAAGCUUUUCACAAACAUCUUAAAACUCACACGACCGGAAGGGAAACGAAUCAAGUUAAAAUAUCUUGCGUCAUAUGUGGAAAAGACAGAUCGUCCGAAGUCGACAUGAACAAACACAUGAAAAAACAUCGUGACGACCGUUAUUUUUGUUGUGAUAUUUGUAUAUUUAAGACUGUUCAAUUGAAAAAGUUAAUACAACAUCGUAGAAUGCACACCGGCGAAAAACCACAUCUUUGUCCACAUUGUUCGUAUCGUUCGGCCAGACGUGAUAAUUUACGAUCUCACGUUAGAAGAGUACAUAAAAAGGAUAAUCUUUUUUGCGAUACUUUUUCACCCAGGGGUCUCACAUUAACGGAUUACGUAUCAAAUCCUACAGGAGGAAUAUCGUCAAUUAUCGUUCCUUCGGGAAAUUCAAAGGAAUCGCCAUUAAUGAACGAAUAA